AUGGAGUCCGAGACCUCCAACGGCGUCGUGAUCGAGAACGGUGAAGACGCAUAUUCGCACAAGACCAAGCAAAACUAUAUGGAAGAACAAGAUGUGACACUCUACAGCGUUUUCAACAGUUUCAUAUCAUCGGCUUUCUUUCCCAAUCCGGACUCAAGCUAUGCAUCCAUGCCUUUUGUGCAGCGAAUCAAAGCUGCACUCUCCGUGAAUGUUCCUUUGCUUCGCGAGGCUUCACGGAACACCGGACAUAAUGUUCUUCUGUGGACUCGCCGUGGCAGUCCUCUCCGAGCCCUCCUUGUUGUAUCUGUUGGGACUGUCACUCUUCUGAGCUUGACAGGAUUGCUAGUCUUCAUGCUUUUCUUUCUGGCAGCAACUGUCAAUGCCGUUAUAAUCUCUCUUUUCAUGUCUUUAGCCGCAGCAGGGGGCUUCUUGGCUUUUUUCUUUGCCUGUGUGACGGCCAUCUAUAUUGGGGCAGUAUGCGUAGCUGCGUUUUUUAUUUCCACUGCUACCAUUUCAGCAAUUAUAGCUGCUCUAAUAGCUGCAGGUUGGAUGGGCUUCUUUUUUACCGUGUGGUUAGCAGCAACGAAGAGCGUGCAUCUUGCAAAGCAUUCGUUGAGCAUUACUGGAUCUGCUGUUUCAGCUUACUCUUCUGCUUGGCAUACUCACCGCCGUCCUGAACCAACCAAAGUUUCAGAUUAAAGUGCAUAUGUAGAUAGAUGUUGAUGCAUAUAGUGAUGUUCUGAGCUUUGGUAUUUAUGCGUUUGAGUUGCACUCUGCCCUACUAUCUACCACUAGGAUAUGUUGGUGUGGUAUUGCUUGUGUAUAAAAAUGGAAAGCAUUUUGAUUGUAAUUGCUAGCAGUACUCAACGUUAUGUUCUCUAUCCUAUUAUGUCCUAGUGUAUGUGGUUCUGUUGCUUAUAUGAUAUGCUUGCUUGACC